AAACGAUCUGCUCUCACCAACAGACAAGUUCCUGUGAACCUGGUUCAGCAGUGGGGAAUCGUCCCCAGACCAUCUGCUCUGGAGAGCUUGGCACAGAUGUCUGGCAAAAUGCAGCAGCUCGUGCACCUCCUCGUCUGGCUAUUUCUUCUGGAAGCACGAGCCUUCGAAAUCCCCAUAAACGGAUACUCUGAGUUUGCAGAAUAUGAUGAUCUUGUGGAACUGGCUCCAGAUAAACUUCCUUUUGUUCAAGAGAACAGAAGACAUCAGAGAAGCCUUUCUGAAGACUCGGGAGAGGAGAUGGACUCCGUUGAUCCAGUAACUCUUUAUAGUUACAAAGUCCAGUCCACUAUUACGUCUCGGAUGGCUACAACUACCAUUCAGAGCAAACUGGUGAACCAUUCCCCAUUGCCCCAAAAUGUCGUGUUCGAUGUUCAGAUCCCCAAAGGGGCCUUUAUCUCCAACUUCACCAUGACUGUGAACGGUAUGACUUUUACAAGCUCCAUUAAAGAGAAAACUGUGGGCCGAGCUCUUUAUUCACAGGCAAGAGCGAAAGGCAAGACGGCCGGAUGGGUGAGGAGCAGAACUCUCGAUAUGGAGAACUUCAACACGGAGGUGAACAUCCCUCCUGGAGCAAAGGUGCAGUUUGAACUUCAUUACCAGGAAGUGAAAUGGAGGAAACUGGGAUCCUAUGAGCACAAGAUUCAUCUGCAGCCUGGGAAGCUGGCCAAGCACUUGGAGGUGAAUGUCUGGAUUAUUGAACCUCAAGGAAUGAGAUUUCUUCAUGUUCCUGACACAUUUGAAGGUCAUUUCCAAGGUGUCCCAGUCAUAUCCAAAGGACAACAGAAGGCACAUGUGUCCUUCAAGCCCACAGUAGCACAGCAAAGAAAAUGCCCCAACUGCACAGAGACUGCAGUGGAUGGAGAGCUGGUAGUCGUGUAUGACGUCAACAGAGAAGAAAAGGCUGGGGAACUUGAGGUAUUUAAUGGAUAUUUUGUGCACUUCUUUGCUCCUGAGAACCUGGACCCAAUUCCCAAAAACAUCCUCUUUGUUAUUGAUGUUAGUGGCUCCAUGUGGGGAAUUAAAAUGAAACAGACUGUGGAAGCGAUGAAGACCAUAUUGGAUGACCUAAGAACCGAGGACCAAUUCUCUGUGGUUGAUUUCAACCAUAAUGUUAGAAGCUGGAGAAAUGAUUUAGUUUCAGCUACUAAAACACAAAUUGCAGAUGCCAAGAGAUACAUUGAGAAAAUCCAGCCUAGUGGAGGCACAAAUAUCAAUGAGGCUCUGCUGAGAGCAAUUUUCAUUCUGAACGAAGCCAGUAACAUGGGAUUGCUGAACCCCGACUCAGUCUCUCUGAUCAUUUUGGUUUCUGAUGGAGAUCCAACAGUGGGUGAACUAAAACUGUCCAAAAUUCAGAAAAACGUGAAGCAGAACAUCCAAGAUAACAUCUCCCUCUUCAGUCUGGGGAUCGGAUUUGAUGUCGACUAUGACUUUUUGAAGAGGCUGUCCAAUGAAAAUCGCGGGAUUGCUCAACGAAUCUACGGGAACCGGGACACAUCCUCCCAGCUCAAGAAAUUUUACAACCAGGUCUCUACUCCGCUGCUUAGAAACGUUCAGUUCAACUACCCUCAGGCAUCAGUAACAGACGUCACCCAAAACAGUUUCCAUAACUACUUUGGAGGUUCUGAGAUCGUGGUGGCGGGGAAAUUUGAUCCCAGCAAACUGUCGGAAGUUCAGAGCGUCAUCACCGCGACUUCGGCUAACACAGAAUUGGUCUUGGAAACUCUCAGUCAGAUGGAUGACUUGGAGGAGUUUCUAUCAAAGGACAAGCAUGCAGACCCUGAAUUCACCAAGAAGCUCUGGGCCUACCUCACAGUCAACCAACUGCUAACAGAGAGAAGUCUGGCUCCUACCGCCGCUAGCAAGAGGAAAAUCACAAAAGCCAUCCUGCAGAUGUCUCUAGACCAUCACAUCGUGACUCCGCUUACUGCCAUGGUGAUAGAGAACGAUGCUGGCGAUGAGCGCAUGCUGGCCGACUCCCCACCACAGGACCACUCCUGCUGCUCAGGCGCACUGUAUUAUGGCACCAAGGUUGCCUCAGGUCCCAUCCCAUCGUGGGCCAACCCAUCCCCAACACCAGCGACGGCCAUGCUUGCAGUCGGAGCGAAGCCACUCGAGUCUACACCACCUCCUCAUGUGAUUCGAGUGGAAAAUGACCCCCACUUCAUCAUUUACCUGCCAAAAAGCAAAAAGAAUAUUUGUUUCAAUAUUGACUCAGAACCUGGAAAAAUCCUCAGCCUGGUGUCAGAUCCAGAGUCAGGGCUUUCAGUCAACGGUCAGCUUAUUGGUGCCAAAAAGACUGAGAACGGGAAACUGAGCACCUACUUUGGGAAACUGGGAUUCUAUUUCCAAAAGGAAGACAUGAAGAUAGAAAUCAGCACGGAGGCCAUCACCCUGAGCUCGGGCUCGUCCACAUCUCGCUUGUCUUGGUCCGACACAGCUCGUCUUGGGAACGAGAGGAUUCUUAUUUCUGUGAAGAAAGAAAAAUCUGUGACUCUCACUGUGAACAAAGAGCUGGUCUUUUCCGUUCUGCUGCACCGUGUGUGGAAGAAGCAUCCGGUUAAUGUGGACUUCCUGGGGAUCUACGCUCCCCCGACAGACAAGUUCUCACCUAGUGUGCAUGGACUGUUAGGACAGUUCAUGCAUGAACCAGACAUCCAUAUCUUCAAUGAGAGGCCAGGAAAAGAGCCGGGAAAACCAGAAGCGAGCAUGGAAGUGAAAGGACAUAAGUUGACUGUCACCAGAGGCAUGCAGAAAGACUACAGGACCAAUAUAGUGUUUGGAACAGACGUUCCCUGCUGGUUCGUACACAACAGUGGGAAGGGUUUCAUCGACGGACAUUACAAGGAUUAUUUCGUGCCUCAGCUCUACGGCUUUCUCAAACGGCCUUAAUGGCUUUGGUUUUGGAAACUGUACAUGUACGUUUUUCUCUCUUGACACUUUCUGCAGUUAGUCCUCAGUUUCAGUAACUUGAAAUAAACCCAGAUAUUAGGGUGGCCUAAAUGCCCGCUAACCCGGCUGAGAAAAAAAUAAAUAUUUGCAAAAAAGA